AUGCCUCAUACCUAUAUUCUUUUCUGUAACACUUUAGUUUCAUAUGUUGCCACCUUAUUGCCAACAUAUUUCAUCUUUUCAUCUCCGAAUCAGGGAACUAAAAUUGCCUCAGAAGGCUUAAAAGGUCGUGUGUUUGAAGUGAGUCUAGCUGAUUUGCAGAAUGAUGAAGUGGCCUUCCGCAAAUUUAAGUUGAUCGUAGAGGACAUUCAGGACAAAAACUGUCUGACCAACUUCCAUGGCAUGGACUUAACACGUGAUAAGAUGUGCUCUAUGGUUAAAAAAUGGCAGACUAUGAUUGAAGCCCACAUUGGUGUCAAAACCACAGAUGGAUACUUGCUUCGCCUGUUUUGUGUCAGGUUCACUAAGAAGCACAGCAACCAGAUUCGUAAAACCUCCUAUGCUCAACACCAGCAAGUUCGUACAAUCUGUAAAAAGAUGGUGGAGAUCAUGACUCGUGAAGUGCAAACCAAUGACCUUAAGGAGAUUGUCAACAAGCUGAUCCCAGACAGCAUUGGUAAGGACAUUGAAAAAGCUUGUCAGUCCAUUUACCCUCUUAACGACGUUUAUGUGCGAAAAGUCAAAAUGUUAAAGAAGCCCAAGUUUGAAUUGGGCAAACUGAUGGAACUGCAUGGUGAAGGAGGAAGUGGCUCAGGCAAACUAUCAGGUGAAGGAACUGGUGCUAAAGUGGAUCGAGCUGAUGGAUAUGAACCCCCGGUUCAAGAAACUGUCUAAAUAUGUAUAAUAAAACAUUUCUUUGACCAUAAAAAAAA